UUUUCAUUUUAAUUGUUCUGGUCAGAUUUACGGAAUAUUAUUCAAUUCUGGGAUUAUGGUCAAACCAAAGCAUCAUGUUUGGAAACAUUUUCAAGAAGUACGCGAUGGUAAAUCAGUUAAAGCGGUGUGCAAGUUUUGCAAGAUGUCCUAUAUCACCCACGUUGAUAGAAUGGUCAAACAUUUAUUAAGCAGCUGUACUAUGUGCCCUGUUAUAAUUAAGGAAAAAUUUUAUUCAAAUUCCAAAAUAUCAACCUCUACAAAAAAUAUCACAAAUGUAAUUUGUAAUACUUCUAAGUCUAACUCUAAUGAAGAAUUGGGUGAAAUUAGUGAGAAUGAUUAUCAAAUGAACAAUAUUUUGUCUUGUGACUCAGGAGAAUUUGAUUCCCUUAUUUCUAAUCAAUCUACAAGCAAGGCGAUUAAAUAUAAAUCUCAAUCUUGUAUAACCGGUUUCAUAGAUAGAAUUAAUCCCAAAGAAAAAAAUGAGCUGGAUCAAUUGUUUGCAAAGGCUGUAUAUGCGAGCAAUUUACCUUUCCACAUCACUGAAAAUCCCUACAUCCAAGAAUUUUUUAAAAAAAUACGUCCUAUUUACACAUUACCCAGGAGAAGGCAGCUGGCUGGAUAUCUUCUAGACAAAGCGUCAGGUGAUAUGGAGGUGAGAGUUGCAGAUAUAAUAGAUAAAGCUCCUUACUUAUCAAUUGUAUCAGAUGGCUGGAGCAACAUUAGAAACGAGAGUAUUAUUAAUUUUAUGGUGAUGACGCCUGUUCCAGUGUUCUACAAAUUUCUAAAUACUGAGGAAAAUCGCCAUACGGCAGAUUAUAUUGCCCAGGAAUUUAAAAAUGUAAUUCAUGAAUUGAAUCCGGUAAAAGUAUAUUCUUUAGUUACUGAUAAUGCCGCUAACAUGAAAGCAGCCUGGAGAAUUCUAAAAUCGGAAUCUAUUUAUAAUCAUAUACAAUGUUAUGGUUGUGCAGCGCAUACAUUGCAGUUAUUCUUUCACGAUUUUGAACGAUUGGACGCCUCAGUGACCAUAUUUCAAUAA